AUGUGCUCGAAGCGACCCCACCUCACUCUCCCCUCUUUAAAUAACCCCCACUCCCCCUUCUUCCCCACCAGGCCACCACCACCACCACCACCGGCAGCAGCGCCUCUGCCGUCCCCGCUUCCUCUCCCACUCGCCGUCACCGAAACCCCACCCCACAGCCAGCCAACCGGAUCAAGGCACGGCGGCGCGAUGCUGGAGGAGGCGAUCCCCGCGCUGCUGAGCGCGGUCCACGGGUGGUUCACCCCCGCCGUGCUCUUCGUCGUCCUCAACAUCGUCAUCGGCACCAUCGCGGUCACCUCCAAGUCCGCCGCCGCCUCGGAGACCGGCGGAGACGAGGAGGGCGCGGCCGCGGGAUGGGAGCCGCAGCACCGGCGCCUGGCCCGCGUGCCGUCCAUGGCGUUCGAGCGCCUGAGGUCGUUCAACGGCCGCUUCGCCGCGGCUGCCGCGCCCGAGCCCGCCGAGGCAGGGGUGGCGGAUGUGGAUCUGGGGUACAAGCAGCCCCCCUUGGCGGCGGAGACGGAGAAGGAGGGUCCCGUCGUCGUCGAGCCUGGGCCCGAGCCCGAGCACGCGGCGCACAUGGAGCGGAGCAGGUCGGAGUCGGCGGCGGCGGCGGCGGAACUGCCGCGGCUCCCGGCGCGCCUGCACAAGUCGGCGAGCGACAAGUCGGCGUUCGCGCACUUCGGCGCCGAGGAGGUGGAGGAGACCGUGCGCGCGGUGGAGGCGCGGCGCCCGGCCACGACGAGGGAGACCCGUGGCCGCCGGCGCUUCCCCGUGGCGGAGCCGGAGCCGGAGCCGGAGCCGCCGGCGUCCGAGUCCGAGGAUGAUGAUGAUGAGGAGGAGGCCGUCAGCGGCGGGGAGGUGGACGCGCGCGCGGACGACUUCAUCAACCGGUUCCGCCACCAGCUGAAGCUGCAGCGCAUCGACUCCUUCAUCCGGCACAGGGAGACGGUCCGCCGCGGCCAGGCCCAAGCGGCGGCGGCGGCCCGGGGCGUGUAG